AUGCUGUUAAUCAGCAUUUUGGCUUCGUCACUACUGAUGAUGGUGGUGGCCGUGGUAAAUAACGCCAAAGUGGAACGCGACCCGUGUGCUUCGGCUCCUACUGAGUCAGCAAAGAUCAUUUGCGGUCAACUACACAGAUGGGACGAAAUGGCUAGGCAAGCCUUCAAGAAGAAAUCGGCACUACCGCCCGGUGCCGCAGCCACGCUGCCGGCGGAACUAGCGCCGAUAGCCAGUUCCAUCUAUCAGUGUAUGGAUUUGCAGUGUAUGUGCUCCUAUAUGCGAGGUGAUUGGCUUCUUCUUCAACAACGUCGCUAUCACAGUUACGAACAACUUUCUAGUUUUAGGAAAGAAAUACGUAUGAUGACAGACGAUGAGCGUCAACGAUACUACUCAGCAAUUCGAAUGAUGAAGCAGAAUGGCGAAUAUGAUCGGGUCGCCAGAAUGCAUACACGGUCGACGGUGAUGGGCGGUGCUCAUUCCGGUCCUGCGUUUUUGCCAUGGCAUCGGGAAUACAUAAAAAGGCUUGAGUUCGCUAUUCGCCAAAUUGAUCCCACUCUGGCGCUUCCUUACUGGGAUUCGACUCUUGAGGAAGCACUGGCUCGUCCAGCCGAUUCGGUUAUGUUCUCAUCAGAUAUAGGAGGCAGUACGAACAGGCAAGGAUUCGUGAACAGCGGACCGUUCACGCAGUGGCAAACUCUUGAGGGGAAGCCAAACAUUAAACGAGAAGUUGGUGCUAAAGGUGGUCCGAUGAAGCAGGAAGAAAUUGAUUUUGUAAUGAGACAGAGUGAAGUCGAUCAAGUGCUCAAUACAAGCGUCAUGUGUUGUAAAAAUGAAUUGCAGGGAUGCCCUUAUCGAACCGAUUACAACUGCUUGGAGUACACUCACGGCAACGUGCACAUUUUUGUCGGUGGUGAUAUGUUCGAUACAUCCACAUCAGCAAACGACCCGUUGUUCUUCCUGCAUCAUGCGUUCGUCGACUUAAUCUGGGAACAAUGGAGACAACGACGACAGAGUCGAGCCGAACGAGAAAGAGUUUAUCCUCCGGAUAACCAGUUAUGCGCAAGCCCCCAACAUUUCGCUGCUGCUCAAAUGAAUCCAUUUCCACCAAUGAGGAACAUUGACGGUUUGUCAAACAAGUACACCGACAAUCUUUACGAGUACGCGCCACGUCCAACCUGCAGUGAAGCUUAUCCGGACUGCGGAUCAAAGUAUUUGUUUUGCGACCAAUCCCACGGUCAAGCAAGAUGUGCGGCAAAAAUCCGCCUAGGAGCGGCAUGUGAUGGAUACGUUAGAGGCGAGAAUCCGUGUUUCAACGGCGCUUGUGUUGCGGGUAGAUGCACGGUUUCGAGUGGUCUACCCGUUUCGCCAACGUAUUCGUCCCCAGUAUUGUCAUUUCAGGAAACGUGCUUCAACGAGAAUGAAUGCUGUACGCUUUGGGCGGAAAGGGGUGAAUGUACGGUGAACGCCCCCUACAUGAGCUUUUGGUGCAAAGCCAGCUGCAGACAAUGUACACCACAGUAUCCAUUGAUAGACGAUUGUUCUGAUCGUCACCACAAUUGCGGGCAAUGGGCUCGAAGUGGCGAAUGCACGAUAAACUCGCUUUGGAUGUCGGAAAACUGUAGAAGGUCAUGUGGAAGGUGCCAUCAAACUAGGUAUCAAGCGUGCCAACCGACUACUACACAGAAACCGAACGAGGUGUGUAAUACUACGAAGGAAUGCUACAAUGAGAACAUUUGCUGUCCGCAUUGGAGCCUCCAGGGCGAAUGCACCAAGCUACAGACGUGGAUGGCAUGUAACUGUCGUGUAUCAUGCGGAUAUUGCGUACCACAGAACUACAACUAUGGAUCUUGUCUCGAUUACCAUCCAGAGUGUCAAGGAUGGGCUCGACUUGGAGAAUGUGAAAGGAAUCCGUGGAUGCUGGAGAACUGCCGAUUUUCAUGCCAAUCGUGCUAUUCACAUUGGAAUCUCAGAGAAAUAUGUGGUGUACCAGCAGGUAAGAUUAGUGCUCUUCGAAGUUAUUGCAUGUUUUUCAUUAACCAGUGCGCCGAAUGCGCCACCGCUAGGAACAAACCCACCAGGAAUGGCAUAGAACGAACUUUAUCAUCUUCCUUCGACCCAGUCGAUGGUUAG